AGCUCCUGCAACCAUGGAGAAGCCCACACGCCAAAUGGUGCCAGCCAUUGCCAUCCUGUUUAUCUCCCUCGUCGCCGCCGCCGCGCCACCGACGCCGAGAGGACAGCAGGUCCACCUGUUCGAGGCCACGGUGCGCGUCGCCGACGACGGUGUGGAGGACCCCGACGAGUACAACUACCGGCUGCUCGCCGCCGUGCUCGGCAGCGUCGAGGCAGCUCGGAGCGUUACGUACGAGACUUACCCUGGCACAUUCAGUGCGUUCCUCACGAACAACCAGGCCCGUAGAUUGUCCAAAAUUCCCGGGGUUCUGUCAGUUAGGCGGAGGGAUGAUCCUGUGCCUACGGACGGCCAGUGAUACACUGAUAUGAUUUCAUAAGAGGAUUUGUCCCAUCCAGCGGUUGCAAUCACAACUUGGAAGAUUUAUGUAAGCGAAAUGGAAGAGAGUAUGGAAAGUUUAAUGUGAUUUGAAAUAUCAAGUUAUAUUCAAUCCAGCAAGCAUUGCAGGAACUGAUGUCUUCUCUACAUCAGUUUACGAAAAACUUCUUUGACGUUGGAUAUUUCGUUUGACAAGUUCAUUCUACUGGCAAAGCUGUCCUUGCUUUAAAAAGGCACCACGGUGCGAUCCUGUAUUGUGAUCCAGAUACAAUUAUCGUCGCAUAAAACUCCACUAUGACAAAUAAUCAACAAAGCAUAUUA